AUGAAUCAUGCCUUCAAUCCAACAAUGAUAAGACCCAAUCUCCCCCUGAGAAGACCUGCGACAGGACCCGGUUCAUUUACAACUAGAGGCCCAGCACCUGCUGUUCAUGAACUCGCUCAAGAGCAGCUUCUAGCAAGUGAUGCUCUAGAGGGUUCUAAAGAUGGAGUCAGAAAAGAGAACAAUGUGAUUUCUGCAAAGAACAGUUCUGAAUUUGGAGACUUUUUGUCUCCUCCACAGACAGUAGAGAUGGUGGUGGGCCCACUAGUGAAGUUGUGCAACUACUGCAGUCAUCAGGGUAACUUCAGGUGCACCCGUUGUAAAAAGACCUGCUACUGUUCUGUAGCUUGUCAGACAGAGGACUGGAAAGCUCAUCGACAUGUUUGCAAACCUAGCAAUUCAGAUGUCACCGGUGAAAAAGCAAAGGAAUCCAAAGCUGUUCCUUGUGGAAAUGGACUUGGUGUCCUUCAAGCCAAGGACAACUGUAUUGAAGUACAGCCAAAGAGAAUGUAUCGGCGUGAUUUACGGCAGAACGAUGUUUCCAACGGAGCUGCGAUACAGGGUACGGUGAUUGAACUGAGGAACCCUGGGAAGUUCUUCAUCCACCUCCAGUCAGUGGAGAUGAUGGAGUCAUUGAAAAACAUCAGCAGAGAGCUCCAGAAGACCUAUGGCACUUCAUAUGCUGCCGAGUACAAGCCUGAAAUUGGGGAACUCUGCGCUGUUAAAUUUUCUCUUGAUCGGAACUGGUAUCGCGCUGAGGUUCAGUCAGUUGAUGUGGCCCGCAAAAGUGCUUGUGUAUUUUACAUCGAUUUUGGAAAUGAGGAGAACGUUUCACUUGAUGACACGAUGCCUCUUUCUGCCAAGAUUGAUGCUGCACCACCUUUUGCUUUGCAGUGCUGUGUUGCCAGGGUAACGCCUCUGACAGGAAGUUGGACAGGCGAAUGCACUAUUGCUGUUAAACAGUUACUUGUUGGAAAGAGUCUCCCUUUCACAGUGGUGGACAUCAUGAAUGAUGGAGCUCUGCUUGCAGUAGAUGUUCCACUUAGCACGCUUGGUAAACACCUGAGCACUUUCCUAAUAGACCAAGGCUAUGCCAUUAAAGAGGAUACUCCUGUCAAACCACAGAUCGAACAUGACAUCAAUUCUCUGCUGACAGCAUCCUUUGAGAACUUUAAGCGUUUGUCUGGAGGAAAGAAUGAAAACUCUGAAGCCAGGCCUCCAGAACCGUUGACUCAGGGAGUGGGCGACACAUUCACAGCCGUCGUCACUCACCUUCAGUCUCCCUCAGAAAUCCUCUGUCAGAAGCUUGAAAAUGCCAGUGUAAUCCAGCAGUUGCAGGUAAACUUGAGGGAGCACUGCUUAAACACUAAAGUCAGUGAGAACUUUAGACCUGCUCCAGGAACGGUCUGCUGCUCUCUUUUCUCUGAGGACAACCAGUGGUACAGGGCUAAAGUGCUGGCAUAUUCCUCUGAGGACCGCUUGUGUGUGGGGUACAUAGACUUUGGCAACUCUGAGGAGGUAGAGUUAAAUCGUCUGCGCCCCAUCAGCAUGGAGCUGUUAGCUUUGCCAACUCAAGUAAUACCCUGUUCUCUAGCAGGUAUCAAGCCCUCCACAGGCACCUGGUCAGAGGAGGCCACAUUGAUGGUGAAACGUUUAGUCUGCAACCGCUUCAUUCGGGUUGAGAUUCUGGGUAAGAAGGACGGUAAGGCUCUGGUGUCCAUGAUCGAUGAGUCCAGUGACCCUCAGACUAAUGUCACUGAACUGUUGUUAACAAUGGGUUACGCCACCGCAGAAAGUGAGGCGGAGAACAAGGAUCCAGCUCAAGAAUCCAUCCCAGGAAUGCCCUCUCUCUGUGGCCCUGUUAUUGAGAAGAUGGAGUGGACUUGUGCUGAGCUUCCCUCUGAUGGCCGGAAGGUGGAGCUGGUUAUCAGUAUACUGAAAAGCCUUGACGAAUUUUACUGUUACAACUACAGUGCUGCAGAUGAACAGAGCUUGACAGAGUUGUCCUAUGAGCUGAUGAAGCACUGUGUGUCAGAGAAAGCUCCCUUCACCCCCACAGUGGGAGAACCCUGUUGUGCUCUUUUCACAGGGGAUGGCCAGUGGUACAGGGCGAUGGUACUAGAAGUGUGUGCAGAGAGAAAGGCCAGAGUUUAUUUUGUGGACUAUGGGAACUCCUGUGAGGUGGAGGCAGCACAUCUAAAGGCCAUCUCCCCCAGCCAGCUUAAACUGCCUUUCCAGGCAAUACGCUGCUGGCUUGAAGGUGUGGAACCAGUUGAGGGUCAGUGGAAUAAAGAGGCAGUACGUAGGUUUCAGGCUCUAUGUGCCAGUCAGCCGUUGAGUGGCAAAGUGUUGUCCAUCACAGAAAAGGGUUAUGGAGUAGAGUUGGAGAGUAGUGGAAAAAGCAUUGCUGCUGUGCUCAUUUCUGAGAAACUGUCCAGACCUUACAGACGGGUGAAACAACCUCCACCAAAGCUAGCUGAACGCACCAGUCAGAUUGAGGCUCUGCCCACAUUCAAACCCAUUGAUCGAAAUCCACCUGCUGUAGAGCUAGCUAAAGUGAACAACAAGGAAGCUGCAGAUACCCCAGCAGAGGGAACCAUAUCAAAUGCUGUUUUCUCUUUGGACUGGAAGACUUUGGAGCUGCCUUGCAAUGAGACUUUCCAGCCACGAGUGGCAGCAGUGAUCAGCCCUAGUCUCUUUUAUAUAAUGAAUCCUGGAAAAGUGAAUGUAGAGGGUCUAACAGCAGUUAUGACUGAUGUUGAGAAGUACUGCAGCAAGCAACCAGCCCGCACACAGUGCCACCCCUUACCAGGAGCAGCCUGCUGUGCACAGUUCUCGGGUGACAAAAACUGGUACAGAGCUGUUGUGUUGGAGGUAACGAGUAAGCAUGCACAUGUAAUCUACGCAGAUUAUGGGAACAUGGAGACCGUCCCUGUCUCCAAUAUCCUUCCCAUCACCAAAGAACUUCUCCAGCAUCCAUUCCAGAUUGUCCGGUGUGCUCUAGCAGGUAAAAAGCAUUUCCCUUCUGUGUGGCCCACUGAUGUUUUGGAACUCUUUGGGAUCCAGAUGAGUGGUGGAAUCCUUGCAUCUGUGCAGGGUUUUGAUGGGACCUUCAACCUGCUAACUCUUGCCCAGCAGUCAGGACAAUCUGACAGAGACAUUAACUCCAUUGUUCUUGGAGCUCUGCAGAAAGGACCGCGCAAGGAUAACUUGAAGUCACCCGUUCAGGAGAAAAGGGAUCCAGAUCAGAGGCAGACACGGACUGCCAGGUCAAACAAGGCUUCAGAUCAAACUCAGUCUGCAGACGUUGAGAGACCUGCCCUGGAAGAUCAGGGCCCAAGCCUCCCCAGCCAAAAUGCCAGCAACUGCAAGCUUGAGGAACCAGAAAACGCGACCAAUGCGAUGACUAUAGUUGAAUGCACUGAGUCACAGAACAUUACAAGCUCAAAGAGCAGCAGUGGUUCUGCAUGUUUGGAACGACAUAAGGCUCCCACCUCAUGCUGUUGUCUUGAGCUGAAGCAAAAGAUUGACCAUAUUGAGGAAUUGGUCCUCCUCCUCAUGAAGUCGGUCGGUGGAACCAAACAGUAACUCUAGGUUGUUUUCAAGUUUAACACUCACUUUUCAGCACAGUAUUUUAAUUUAUUUUUUUGGCUGUGAAAGCUAAAUGACUUCUGGUUGAGUUAUGUUGUCAAUUGUGUUUAAAAGUAUAAGGCAGUCUUUGCUCAGCAGAAAGCUGAAUUGAACUGCGCUGCAUUGUUGGACCAUGUUCGUAAUCUUGCACUUAAUAGCUUUUAUCUUUAUGGAGGGGAAAAUAUUUUUUUUAUUUUAUUGAAAAUUAUUGUUGCUGUUUUAUUCUAUAUGUAAUUUGCAAUAUCUGCAUGUUUGUUUUGUGACAUGGUGUGAGUGUAACCAUAACCUUGAGUAAUGCAACAUCACUGCUCUGUAUUCCUGUUCCACAUGGUCUUUUAUUUUUUAAGGCCAGUUUUGUGUUCCGUGUUUCCUUGUCAUUUAACAUGGCCUUUUGACAAAAAUGCUGUUGAUUUAAAAAAUAAAAAAAAAAUAACCAUUUUCUUUUCAUAGUGCCUUGUAAAAAAAAAAAAAGGCUUGA